AUCCAGAAGCCCAAAUAUCAUAUUAUUAUCCUCUAGCUUUGGCCUUCCUUGCUUGCAGCUGGCCAUCCCAAUCGCCUUCGACCACAUCAUCGCCCGUCGCUCGUGAUAGCCCGAUCGACGCUCUGCUGGAUUGGUAAAGCUGAAUCGCUUUCCACGAUCAAGCGCCUGCGCCUGCUCCACCCUCUAAAACGCGGGAGCUGAACGGUGCGCCCACUUGCUCUGUUACCGCACGGAGUAGAUAUCCUCUAUUAUUAUCAUCCCCAUCAUCUUUCCUCUCCUUGCAUAUUAGCCGUCCUCUCGCUCGCUUCUUCUCAUUCCAACCUGCAGCUCUUCUGCAGCUCCCCAUCCCCAUCCGUCCACCUUAAACAACAAUCAAGGAAUCGGAGGCAAACCCAAACGCUCCCGAUCUUGCGCUCUCGCAAACAGGUUCUGUUCUGUUCUGUUCUCUGGAUUCUCUGCAUUGGCUGCCAUCGUCGUUCUCUUGGGACCACUUCCCCAGCCUCUUCUUUUUUAUAAAGCUCUCUAGACAGUCAUCACGCUUGUCGUUAUCCAUCACGAAUUGCUGCGAACUGAGUUUCCUCCGACCGCUGUCGCGUCUCUCCUCAAGACUCCCUCCAGGAACCCCUGGUUUGCUUGGAGUUCUUGCUGUCCGCGCCAUCUUUUUAUGUGGUACGGUCGCGAUCUCCUCAGUUUGACGACCUGAAACGAGCCUACGAAUGUGUGCAUCUCUGCGAGUUUUCCAGUUAUCUUGUUCAUGAUUAUAUCCCCCUUCAGACGAUUCGAACGACGACCCAACUUCUUUCAACCAAAAAAAAAGGAAUAUAAAAAAAGGCAAAAGAACACUGCUUCUUUUCUGUAGAUUUUUUUUCUUAUCGGACUCAAAUUUUCCACGGAGCACAUACUGCAUAGCUAUCUUUUGAUCAUUCCCGCUGUCUGAGCGGUUCACGAGUUGGCUUUACGGUUACGAAUUUUCUACGAACUCGCAACGAUCACUUCUCUCUCUAGCAUUUUCCUGCAUUUGCUUAUUCGCACACGCGCUCGCUAGCGCGUAUCCACUAUCGACUACUCGAUCCCUGCAAUCGCAGCGCGGACGCCUCUUUGUCGGUCCGUCUUGCACCCUCCGCCCAGCUCAAGCCGUCUUCCAGACCAACCGAAAAGCUGGAGCUACCGUCGAUCUCCCAGGUCCAUACCCAAGGUCCUGUUGAUAUCCCUUGGUACAAUCACCACGCAGCUGAACGGUCUCUUUUGUCUGGCGACAAACUCCCGGCUCUCAGCUUCCCGACCCCCCUCCAGCAACCGCCCCUUCGGGCUCUUUACUCAAGUCCGACCUCGUCUUCGGGAUCCAGCAGUGGUCGGUUGAGCCUGUCCAGUGUUUCCUCAGCGGUAAACGAGGGCAGGAGUCCGCCGCCCGCUGCGGACCUUGUUACCAGCAGCCAGGGACGGCUCUCCUUGGAUUCGUCUGCGCCCGCGGAAUAUCCCCUGCCCGCGCAGUCGGUCACCGACGGUUAUUAUUCCAACGCAAGCCCCGUCGGCAGCAUGAAUCAAACACAGUCAUACAUGGAUGUGCAUCAUCCUCAUCUGUCGUCUGCACAGCCGUAUGCUUCGCAUGCUGCGACUGCAGGAGGGAUUCCCCAAUAUCACCAGUAUCCCCCGCAGCCGCCAGUGCUCCAGCCUGCAUCUACAACCUACGCUCCCGCGGGCUCUUACUCUCAUUAUGGAUACAGUAAUAGCGUUACAUCUCCCCAAUCCUCUACCCAUCCACCAGCAACUUCGAUGGCCGGUCAAGUCUCCACUCAGUUAUUGCCAUUGCCGGCUGUGACAAAUCCGUCUGUAACAACUCCAGGAUAUGGCAACACCACGGGCGCCCCGAUGCAGGGUUUUGUUUACGAUGCCACUGGUCAACUGCAACCGCCUGGUGCCAAGCCGCGUGUGACGGCGACUCUCUGGGAGGAUGAAGGUAGUCUGUGCUAUCAAGUAGAGGCAAAGGGCAUCUGUGUGGCUCGACGCGAAGACAACCAUAUGAUCAAUGGAACGAAGUUGUUGAACGUUGCAGGCAUGACCAGAGGUCGCCGAGACGGUAUCUUGAAAAGCGAGAAACUUCGCCAUGUUGUCAAGAUUGGUCCUAUGCACUUGAAAGGUGUCUGGAUUCCAUAUGAGCGUGCAUUGGAAUUUGCGAACAAAGAAAAGAUUACGGACUUGUUGUAUCCCCUGUUCGUCCACAACAUUGGCACUCUACUGUAUCACCCCACAAACAGGCCCCAGGCAGAGAUGAUUGUGCAAGAAUCUCAGCAACGGCGAUUGGAAAACCCUCAUGCUCGGGCACCGCAAGAUUCGCAACCACCAGCUUUGCAUCAUCAUCACUCCAUGCAGGCUCAGGUCCCAUCUCAUCUGGCCCAAACGCCUCAUAGUCGACCUGGAAUGGAGCGUGCACACACCUUCCCCACGCCACCUACUAGUACGUCGAGUCUCAUGAGUAUCACUGGCCAAGGUAGCCCAUAUGAAUGGGGGUCUCAGAGCAUGAACUCUGGCAUCCAAAACCCCCAGUCGCUGUCAAUGGAUGGGGCCCUGACCAACGCGCGGUCUCUGCCAGCUACGCCUGCAACCUCUCCUCCAGGAAGCAACCUGCAAGCGAUGCCUGCGUACCAGGGCCAGUCAAGUUAUGAAACCUCGAAGCCAUAUUACUCCGCUGCGCCUGCAUCACAUUCACAGUAUGCCCCACAACAACCACUGGCACAGUCUGGCAUGGCUCCUUACAGCCAGUCUUUGUCGGGCGGUGCAUACAUGAAAAAUGAAAUGGGAGCAAACCCAGGACGCACCUCUGGAGGACAACCGGAUGCGGAGACUGCCGAUGCUAAAUCGGAUCGGUACCCCCAGACUAAUGGGCAUGUUGCGACAGGAUCGGGAGAGCCAGUAUCGGAACAGGAGCAGGAGUACAUGCAGGAUCCCGCCUACCAGGCCCACCGAGGCUCGUAUACUUACGGUACCAACCCUUCUGUUGGUACCUUGGCUGGGGAAACCGCUCAGAUUGCUUCGGAUAUAGCGGGUUCUCCCCCUCAGCAGAGCACUUCUGCACGCAUGUCGGCUCAUGCGAACGGAGGAGCUCAUGCCCAAUGGCCCUCCGAUUAUGCCACUCCUCCCAGGACCGCCACCAGCAGUCUUUACAAUGCUGUCAGUGACACUCGGGGAACGGCUUCUAAUGGAAGUUCUGCAGAUACCUAUUCUGUAACUUCCAACUCGACCCCUACGUAUUCCACUGGUAUCAAUAGUUCCUUGGGGACCAAGCGUAUGCGUGAGGACAAUGAUGUUGACCGGUCGGUUCGGCCCGCUAGCCGUGGGACAGAUUUCGAGCACAAGCGCCGAAAGACGAUAACCGACUCUACCAUGGGUGGCCCUGUCGGUGGCGGUGCUCCCCUGGCUUUGCAGCCCAUGGUAGCGGGUGGUAUCGUAUCUCGUCAGAGCUGAUUCCCUCCUAUCUGACAAUGUUCCUAGUCGAACGACUACUGGAGCUUUUCUUUUAUUCCUGUCGGUUUAUAAGUUGACUCUUCGUACAUGAAGGAUCACAGCAUUAUUACUUCGAAUUACCCUUUUUUUUCUAUUCUCUUCUUUCUCGAUAGAUUACACAUUUGCACCGCUCCUGGCCUACCGCGCACUUUGAGCGCUGAAGCACGAGGCUUUUGCCUUCGCAUGGUGCUUUUUAUCCUUUUUCUUGAUUCAUUUUGACUGCACGGGCAUGAUGUGGACUAGAAUCCGCGUCGAAAUAGGCGUGCGGAGUCAAUGCAUCAUCUUAUUCGACGACGGCCAAGGGGCUUUGGCUUGAUUGGCCUGUUGAACCUGCGCUCGGAGCAACGUGCAGCGUUAAGUGUAUUGGUUUAUGGAUUUUGAUCUAUUUCUUUUACGAGGGGUCUGCGUCACGAACUUUUGGUUACCUGUGGCAUGUGCUGUUUCCUUAUUGUUUGGGAGAGACUUAUUAACGACCACGAUGUUACGAAUUUUCUUAACGACUUAUAUGGUUUUGUACUUCUUUCAUGUCCGAGGGGCUGUUCCAGCCCCUCUUAUGUUUUUGGCUUCUUGUCAUUUGCAUUUUUUCUUGAUUUUUUUGAGAUAUUGGAUACUACCUUUUUUGAAAAGUCAGAAAGAAAACACCAAAAAAAAAUUGACAGUCGGCUCAAGGCGCAAUUGCGUUUAAUUUGAGUCGGCUCGGUUCUUACGCUUGCCUUCAAAAAAUACUUGAGACCAAAGAAACGAUGGUGAUGAUAAUGAAUGGCUAAUUUGUUUCUUAUUCUAUUAUUUGAGAUGGCGUGUUGCUUUUUUUGUUUUUAUUCUAGGCAUUUGAUGAGUGACGUAUUGAUACAUUCAUUCUGAAUCUCCUCUCUGUCAUGGUAUGACCUUAGCGCGUUGGUCUCUUAACGCUGAAUGACACUUGCUUUUAGAUGCUUUUUAGCAUCCGGAGGAUUGACGAUUGAUGUCCUGCAGUCAAAACCCUAAACCCAUUAGACGCUAAACACGUGAAUAUGCUAA